AUGAACGAUCCAUCGCAGAUGAUGAAUCGGAAUUAUGGAAUGUGGCAACCGCAGAUUCCGCUGCCUCCGGCGGUGGAUGAUCCGAUGAUGUUCGGGAACCCUAGGCUGACGUUCUCCGGCCCCGGUGCGAAGCCUGGUUGGGUCAAUUGGAAGGGCAAGAAGGCGGCGGACAAGCGAAAGAAGGCGGCGGCGGCGGCGGCGGCGGCGGCGGCGGCGGCCGGUGGAGCCGGUACAUCGGGGUACAAGCCACCGACACUGAGCGAGCUCCAGUCGCAGAACCGCGUAAAGGCGCGGAGGUUCUACCCCAAGAAGAAGUUCGCUAGGUUUGCCCCCUUCGCCCCUCGGAACACCACCUCGUUCAUCAUCCGAGCCAAGAAGUCUGGCGGGAUCGCGCCGCUCGUCUCACCGUGCCCCGUGACUCCUGCGAUCCUGCCGACCCCUACCUUCUCCCCCUCGCGGGAGGUCCUGGUGGACAUGGCCAAGGAGGAGUGGGGAGUCGACGGUUACGGGUCGAUGAAGGGACUCAUCAGGUUGCGUUCUCCCACGGGGAACGAGACGAGGGUGGAUGACGACGACGACGGCGCUGCCGCCGCCGGCGACGAGGGAUCAAGCGAGAGCGAUGUGGAGGAGCACGUCGAGGUGGAGCGGCGCCUGGACCACGAUCUCAGUAGGUUCGAGAUGGUGUACCCCAUCUUCGGCGAGGAGCACGGAGCGGCGGCGUAUCUUCUAGAGAACAGGGUGGACGAUCAGGACGCGCACAUUGCUCAGCUGGAGGAGGAGAACCUGACGCUCAAGGAGCGGCUGUUCCUGAUGGAGAGGGAGAUGGGCGAUCUCCGUCGAAGACUCCAGAUUCUGGAGACGGAAUGCAGAGGAACGGAGGAGGAGAACGAGAACGACGCCAACAACAACAACAACAAUGGCAGCAACGAGAUGAACCCGAACGAGGACGAGGAGGCGUCGGAGACCGAAGGCGGCGGCGACGUGUCCUCGGAGAAGAGCGUCGGAGAUUGA